CACAAUGUUUGCAGAGGCUGAUAACAUUCCAAGAGCCAAGUCAGGAAACAUUACGCAUUCUGAUCCUAACAUGUCCAUGACUAGUCCUGGGUAUGAAGAUGAUUUGUGCCUUCGUUACAGCAGCGCAUCGGCUGCCGGCCCUGCCCUUUAUGAAGCAAACAGGAUGAGCCUGGAAGCCUCCCCCAUGACCAUGUCACCAUGGAACCAAGCCACUGCUUUCAACAAACCUUCGUGGGUCCCUUUCGACGACGGUAACAUUCCAACGAACAGUCUCAUCGGCUCACUUACACGCGAAGAAGGCCAUAUAUAUUCCUUAGCAGCCACAAAGGAUCUCCUUUACACUGGCUCUGAUAGCAAGAACAUUCGUGUGUGGAAGAAUCUUAAAGAAUUUACCGGCUUCAAAUCAAACAGUGGAUUGGUUAAGGCCAUUGUGAUAUCCGGUGAAAAGAUUUUUACUGGUCAUCAAGAUGGGAAGAUUCGUGUCUGGAAAAUCUCUCCUAAGAACCCUAGUGUUCAUAAAAGAGCUGGAACUUUGCCAACUCUCAAAGACAUCCUUAAAAGUUCCAUUAAACCAAGCAAUUACGUGGAAGUGACGCGUAAGCGCUCUUUAUGGAUCAAACACUCGGAUGCUGUCUCUUGUUUGAGCUUGAAUGAGGAACAAGGUCUUCUUUACUCUGCUUCAUGGGACAGAACCUUUAAAGUUUGGAGAAUUUCUGAUUCCAAAUGUCUUGAAUCAAUUCAUGCACAUGACGACGCUGUUAACUCUUUGGUUUCGACCUUGGGUGGAAUGGUUUUGACUGGAUCAGCAGAUGGAACCGUUAAAGUGUGGAAUAGGGAACAGCAGCGAAAAGGAACAAAGCAUACUUUGGCUCAAACUCUUUUACAACAAGAAUGUGCGGUUACAGCGUUAGCAAUCGAUGCCCCCGGUUCAGUAGUUUACUGUGGCUCCAGUGACGGUCUGGUCAAUUUCUGGGAACUUGAAAAGCAAUUAUCCCAUGGGGGGGUCAUGAAAGGGCACAAAAUGGCGGUCCUUUGCCUUGCCGCUGCAGGGAAUUUGGUUUUUAGCGGAUCAGCUGAUAAGACUAUAUGUGUUUGGCGAAAGGACGGCAACAUCCACACAUGCCUUUCGGUGCUGACAGGGCACACGGGGCCUGUGAAGUGCUUGGCUGUGGAAAGGGAUCAGGAAUCAGGGAACGAGCAGCAGUGGAUUGUGUACAGUGGGAGCCUUGAUAAGUCCGUGAAGGUAUGGAGCGUUUCGGAGCUUGCCCAGGUAGCAGCGAUGCAGCAGAAUCAGCAGCAGCCGGUUUAUGAUAAGGAGUCCAUCCCAUCUGAUGGGAGCAAUUCUUCCACCAGCAGAGCCAGCCAGAAUAGGAGGUAAUGAUCACAAAGAAUUUCGGAUCUUCCCUGUUGAGAUUCUGAUAUAAUCUUAUGAUGCCACGUGUACAUGUUUUGUAAUAAAAAAUUUGUUAGGUUUGACUCGUGGAAUUGAGGAGGAACAGGGAUCUGUGUAGUGUAUGUUGGCUGCGGGAAUUUGCCUAACACAGGGGGAAGGGAUCAUUUUGGAAUUUUCCUAUGGGUAUUUAUUGUAAACACUAAUUGUUGUGGACUUUCAAUGAAUUGGCUAUUUGAA